AACAUUUGAUCAAAAUGAUUGUCACGGUGACAAUAUAAUUGUUAGAAACUUCACUUUAGUGUCCACAAUUUUCUUUAGGCCAAAUUUCUCCUUCACUUUUUUCCUUCUCUCCUCUUCAUAAUCAUUUUGUCCUCUGAGAAGAAUGGCAUUUGCAGGAACAACUCAGAAAUGUAUGGCUUGUAACAAAACAGUUUAUCUUGUUGAUAAGCUAACUGCUGAUAAUAGAGUGUUCCACAAAGCUUGUUUCAGAUGCCACCAUUGCAAAGGAACCCUCAAGCUAAGCAACUACAACUCUUUUGAGGGAGUUCUUUAUUGCAAGCCACAUUUUGACCAACUGUUUAAAAGAACUGGAAGCCUUGAAAAAAGCUUUGAAGGGACACCAAAAAUUGCCAAACCAGAAAGAAAUAAUGAUAAUGAGAAACCUGCAGCAGUUAAAGCUUCAAGUAUGUUUGGUGGAACUAGGGACAAAUGUUCUGGUUGUCAGAAAACAGUUUAUCCAACAGAGAAGGUUACUGUGAAUGGAACUCCAUACCAUAAGAGUUGUUUCAAAUGCUGCCAUGGAGGGUGUGUUAUUAGUCCUUCUAAUUACAUAGCACAUGAGGGAAAACUCUACUGCAAACACCACCAUAUCCAACUGAUUAAGGAAAAGGGAAAUUUAAGCCAACUAGAAGGUGACCAUGAGAAAAAUGCAAUGCAUGGGAAAAUCAGCGGAGAAGAAGUUGUGGCUUAAACAUGAUGAAAAAGAGUCUUAAGUCUCAGAAAUUUUUCGAUUUGCAAGUUUCAUAUUUGUGAACUACACGUUUCUGUUAUCUUUCAUGCUUUUGCCAUAUAUGGUAUUCAAUAUUUGUUUGCAAGUGUGUGGAUCUAUGAGACAUAAUUGCUCAACUUAUUAGUUGUUUGUUUUGUCUUCUGUGUUUCAAUUUGAUUAAAAUGAAACUAAAUGUAACUCCAACCUGCUUUAUGGAGUUUGUUACAUGGUUUUAUUGGAGUCUGAUACAUCUUUUGGACUACA